UGCGUUUUUAUUUAUUAAAACAAACAAAGAGUUAUAUUAACAAAUCGUAUUUCCUUAUUUUUCUAUAUAUUUGAGUUUUAACGUAUUUCAUAUAGUUAGGGUUAGGUGACUGAAUAAAUGACCUAACACAACAAACACUAAUGUGUUCUUUUUGGUAGUUGAGAGUAGGCCUCCCAAUUUUUGGAUGACUUGAAUUUAUCUUUCUCUCUUUACUAUGUUUCCUUAUAUUUCUUUCUUUUACUUCAAAAUAUUUAGCUAAGAUGAUAUCAUGCAUAUUCUCUGUCUCUAAGAAAACUUCAACCCACAACACAAAGUUUCACGUCUUUCAAGAAUAGAUUAUGUUUGGUUAAGAAAAAAAGAGAAAGUUUAUUAAAUUUGAAUAUAUCAACGGUUCUUAUUUUUUUUUUUUUUUGAAUGAAUGUAAAAUUUAUUCAGCCAAAACUGUAUUACAUCUGAUGCUACUGUUUUAUUUUUGUACAAAGAAUCAAAAAAUCAGAGACUCUAUUUUUUAAACCUCCUCUCAGCCUUCUCGUGAUCCAAACCAAGCCAUGAGACCCUCUUCAAGAUAUUUAUGCCCUUUGCCUUUAACUGCAAGUAGCUUCAGCCUGAUUGCCUUGUCAAUGAACUUGACCAAAACUGCCACAUCAUGUGACUCCUCACCAUGCCUACGCGAGUUUCUCUCCCUCCAAAUCGUAUGCACAGUUGCUUGCAAGCUAUACCUAAAGAGAAAGGUCUCAGUUGGAUUGUAGCCGGGAUUUGCUAUAAUUCCAACGGUUCUUAUUACAUUUAUCUAAUUUGUUCGCUCGACGAAUGCAAUCUUGAUAUUACUCAGAAAAAAGGUUUGUUUUCAUGAGAAAUGAAAGAAUGUUUUUUUUUUAAAGCUGGUUAAAAUGUAAGAAUAUUCCAUAGAAAAAGGGAAGCAUGAUGGUUUAUUACCGAAACCUAAAAAUUAAAAGCAGCUACUAGGUGUUUAAAAAAAAAAAAAAAAAAAAAAAGCAGCUACUAUUAUACAAAUGAUUUGUUUACGCCUCAGUUAGUAGUACUAUGCCAUUAUUUGAAUUUAAAAUGUCAUAAGAUUCUAGAAAGCAUGUAAAAUAUAGAAGUUUCCAAAUGUAUAUUAUACUUGAUUAAUUCCACGACUUGUUUCAGUUAAAAGACGAGAGAAGAAUAAAUUAAUUUUUUUCUUUGUAAUAUAUGAGUUUAGUUGUUCAAGUUUAUGUAGUUAUCUUCCUUAUUUGUAUCUUCUUAGCUGGAUCGGUUUAGGUUACCGAAUCAAUCAAGAAGUAGGGACCAGAUGCAGAUCAGAGAAUCACAUUACUCCCACCUCCAAAUGAAAACGCAUCUCUCUCGUUCAUAUUAACCGAAGCCAACAUAUUAACUGUUGAGUGUUGACCAGUUUUCUUCGAAGUUUUUUUUGUGUCUUCUAUCUGGUGAUUAACUUCAAGGGAAAUUAGGUGAUAUAACCAAAAAAAAAUCUAUAAUUCAUCAUUAUAUAACCAAAAUCACACCUUCUCUCCUCUUUUCUCUUCCUAUCUCUCUUUAUCCUUUCUUUUACAAAACUAAUUUUACAUUUUUUUUGGUAUAUCACAAAUAAGCCCUAACUUCAAAUCUACCAUAUAUUUAACCCAUAUAAAACUGCAAACAGGUUCUUUAUCCACAUAGAACCAAUGGAACAAAUCGGAUUGUGCCCCGCCCUAAAUGAAUCGUUUUCGAAAAUAUUUUACAGCAGAUUAGUCCUUGAUCGCAUCUUUUUUCUUUGGCACUGAGGCCCAUUCAUUGUUUAUGGCCUGUAACAUCCCGCUGUUUCGUUGUUCUCAUGGAAGAAAGCUUGUCAUUUCCCCACCCUAAAAACGUUGCAUAGUCCAGUUUCUAUUGUAAGCCAAAUGUAAGUCAAUAUCCAAGUCUAGAACGGCUGUUAUACCAAAGAAAACUUGGAUAAAAGACAUCUUCACCACCAGAAUAUAUUUUCAAAGUCUAUGCCCUUUUUCUGGUCAAAACCUUUCACGACCAACUGGACCUUUGUAUCUAGGUUUCAGAGUUUGUGAAGAUAUGAGUGCAGACUGGGGACCUGUGAUUGUAGCAGUAGCUCUCUUCAUUCUACUCUCGCCAGGAUUGCUCUUUCAGCUACCGGCAAGGACAAGAGUGAUGGAGUUUGGUAACAUGAGCACAAGCGGCAUUUCGAUUUUGGUCCACGCCAUUAUAUAUUUCUGUAUACUCACUAUCUUGAUCAUUGCCAUACAAAUUCACAUCCAUUUCUGAUCUUGUAGUGUAACACAGAUAAGCUUCUUUGGAUUCAAAGUUUGCCUUUUUCCGCUAUUUUAUUUUGAUAAUCUCUGAUUCUUGGGUAAUAGUGUUUCAAGCAGAGUGACAACAAAUGGUUGUAUACAAAUAAAUAAUAUGUAAUUUUGUAUUUUCCUACAUUUAAUUUCUAACCUUGAUGUACUUCCCAUCACAUAACAAUUAGUAUAAGACAUUUGUGA